AUGUGUUUUUGGGGAGCUCCGCUCUCUCCUGGAGUUAAGGCGGUGUCGGGGAUAAGUGCUGCAGCGGGCGAUUCUGCUUCUGCCACGUUGUGUGGGUUCGUGUGUCUGGAUGUGAUCCGGGUAUCUAAGAAAUACCUCCCAGGGAUGGCAGUGGGCUAUUCAAGUGCUAAGCUGACCUUGCACGUGGGAGAUGGUUUUGAGUUCAUGAAACAAAAUCAAGAAGCCUUUGAUGUAAUUAUCACGGACUCGUCUGACCCCAUGGGUCCUGCAGAAAGUUUAUUCAAAGAAUCCUACUAUCAGCUGAUGAAGACAGCUCUGCGAGAAGAUGGGAUUCUCUGCUGCCAAGGUGAGUGCCAGUGGCUGCACCUGGAUCUCAUUAAGGAGAUGCGUCAGUUCUGCAAGUCCCUGUUCCCCGUGGUGGAAUAUGCCUAUUGCACCAUCCCCACGUAUCCCAGCGGGCAGAUUGGCUUCAUGCUGUGCAGCAAGAACCCGAACACAAAUUUCCGGGAACCUGUGCAGCAGCUCUCCCAGCAGCAAGUGGAGGAGAGGAGUCUGAAAUACUACAACUCUGACAUCCAUCGAGCAGCUUUCAUCCUGCCGGAGUUUGCACGGAAGGCCCUGAGUGAUGUGUGAGCCUUGGGAAGCUGCCUUCUCUCUUCAAGUUGGACCCUGAGAUCAUCAGUGAUGUGGUGGGGACCUUCCCAGCAGACUGCAGCCUUGCUCCCCACUGUGCGGGAUUGUUUAACCCUUUGCCAGCCAACAUUCCUUUUGGUGAUGUGUGAAAGAUGAUGGGGCAAAAGCCACGUAAGACUAUUGAAAAGCUCCAGUGACUUAUAGCGUGGGGUCAAAGCUAUUCUUUCCAGUGCUGGAAACGUAAGAUGUCUCUUCUUCCUUUCUCCUCCCCUCC